AUGGCCCGGGAGCAGGACCUACCUAGGGCAUGGGCGGCCGGGAGCAGCACCUACCUAGGGCAUGGGCGGCCGGGAGCAGCACCUACUAGGCAUGGGCGGGCCGGGAGCAGGACCUACCUAGGCAGGGCGGCCGGGACACAACUACCUAGGCAUGGGCGGCCGGAGGCAGCACGCUACCUAGGGCAAAAUGGCGGCCGGGAGCAGGACCUACUAGGGCAUGGCGGGGCAUGGCGGCCGGAGCAGGAACCCUACCUAGGGGCAGGCCGGGAGCGGCCGGGAGGCAGGGCAGGCGCCGGGACAGCACCUACCGUAGGGCAUGGCGGGCCGGGGGAGCAGGACUUACCUAGGGCAUGGGCCAUGGGCAGCCCAGGAGGCAGCAGCAGCCUACCUAGGGCAUGGGCGGCCGGGAGCAAGCACCUACCAUAG